GGGGCGGGCUCGUGCGGACUGAGGGUCCCGAGCACCGCGGGUUGUGCUGCCUGCUCCUCCUCUUGAGCAGAGCCGCAUGAUGGCGGCAGCUGCGGCUGUGGUGGUGGAGGUGAGCGUGAGCAGCACCGGGAGUAGCAGCAGCGACACGUCCAGCACAGGCGAGGAGGAGAGGAUGAGGCGCCUCUUCCAGACCUGCGAUGGCGAUGGGGAUGGCUACAUCAGCAGGAAUGACUUGCUGAUGGUGUGCCGUCAGUUGAAUAUGGAGGAGUCUGUUGCUGAGAUCAUGCACCAACUAGGAGCAGAUGAAAAUGGGAAGAUUUCCUUUCGGGAUUUUACUCGGUGCCGCAUGCAGCUUGUGCGAGAAAUCAGGAAAGAGGAAGUGGAACUUUCCGUGAAAUCAGAUGACUCUUGUAAAAAGAAGUUGUUAAGGGACAGAAUAGCCUCCUGGCCAACGAGCAGUGAUAACAGUUUCGGUGCCUUAUCAGGUGCUAGAGAAAGCUGGGAAUAUGAUUCUGGUGCAAGAGACCUUCAGAGUCCUGACCUGCAGUGCCAUUCUACCCUACGGAAGCUCUUGGAGUAUGGAGGCAGCAGUAUAGGUCAACAAGCUGCUCUGCAGAAACUGCUAACGCAGGCCUCCAAUCUUAGCAACUCAGUUGGAGGAAGCUAUUUAGAGCUUGCCAACACUCUCCAUUUAGCAGCCCUGGCAUCACUAAAGGGAGAUAUAGUGGAGCUUAAUAAACGUCUGCAGCAAACAGAAAGGGAGCGGGACCUGCUGGAAAAAAAAUUAGCAAAGGCUCAGUGUGAACAGUCUCAUCUAAUGAGAGAGCAUGAAGACGUACAGGAGCGAACAACACUACGCUAUGAGGAACGAAUCACAGAGCUUCACAGCAUUAUCGCUGAAUUAAAUAAGAAGAUUGACCGACUACAAGGAACAACAAUAAGGGAGGAAGAUGAAUAUUCCGAACUACGAUCAGAGCUCAGCCAGAGCCAGCAUGAGGCUAACGAAGAUUCACGCAGCAUGGACCAGGAUCAGACUUCUGUUUCAGUACCAGAGAACCAGUCCACUAUGGUCACCGCUGACAUGGAUAACUGCAGUGACUUGAACUCCGAACUGCAGAGAGUGCUGACAGGGCUGGAGAAUGUAGUCUGUGGGAGGAAGAAGAGCAGUUGCAGUUUGUCUGUAGCAGAAGUGGACAGACACAUUGAACAACUCACCACUGCCAGCGAACAUUGUGAUCUAGCUAUUAAGACAGUAGAGGAGAUUGAGGGUGUGCUGGGACGGGAUCUUUAUCCAAACCUGUCUGAAGAGAGAUCUCGGUGGGAAAAGGAGCUGGCUGGCCUGAGGGAAGAAAAUGAGAGCCUCACUGCUAUGCUGUGCAGCAAAGAGGAGGAGCUGAACAGAACCAAGGCUACCAUGAACGCUAUCCGGGAAGAAAGGGACAGAUUGCGCAGAAGGGUUCGGGAACUGCAAACACGUUUACAGAGCAUCCAGGCAACAGGCCCAUCCAGUCCAGGUCGUCUCACUUCUGCAAACCGACCCGUGAACCCCAGUACUGGAGAACUGAGCACGAGCAGUAGCAGCAAUGACAUUCCCAUUGCCAAGAUUGCUGAACGAGUGAAGCUCUCAAAGACAAGGUCAGAGUCUUCAUCGUCUGACCGACCUGUCCUAGGAUCAGAAAUCAGCAGCAUAGGGGUAUCUAGCAGUGUGGCUGAGCACUUGGCCCAUUCUCUCCAAGACUGCUCCAACAUCCAGGAAAUCUUUCAGACGCUCUAUUCACAUGGAUCUGCUAUCUCUGAAAGCAAAAUCCGAGAGUUUGAAGUGGAAACAGAGAGGUUAAAUAGCCGUAUUGAGCACUUAAAAUCCCAGAAUGACUUGUUGACAAUAACGCUGGAGGAGUGCAAGAGCAAUGCUGAGAGGAUGAGCAUGCUGGUUGGGAAAUAUGAAUCCAAUGCCACGGCACUCAGACUUGCACUGCAGUACAGUGAACAGUGCAUAGAAGCAUACGAGCUGCUGCUGGCUUUGGCAGAAAGUGAACAGAGUCUCAUUCUUGGUCAAUUUAGAGCUGCAGGCGUUGGUUCUGUUGGGGACCAAACAGGUGAUGAGAACAUUACCCAGAUGCUCAAGAGAGCUCACGACUGCAGGAAGACAGCUGAGAAUGCAGCAAAAGCCCUGCUGAUGAAAUUAGACGGCAGCUGCGGGGGAGCCUAUGCGAUCACUGGCUGUAGCGUACAGCCCUGGGAGAGCCUGUCAUCCAACAGCCACACCAGCACUACCAGCUCAACUGCAAGUAGCUGUGAUACGGAGUUCACAAAAGAGGAUGAGCAGAGGUUGAAGGAUUACAUCCAGCAGCUGAAGAAUGACAGGGCAGCAGUCAAGCUGACCAUGUUGGAGCUGGAGAGCAUCCAUAUUGAUCCCCUUAGUUAUGAUGUCAAACCUCGUGGAGACAGCCAGAGGCUAGAUCUGGAAAAUGCAGUAUUGAUGCAGGAACUCAUGGCAAUGAAGGAGGAGAUGGCAGAGCUUAAGGCACAACUGUACCUGCUAGAGAAAGAGAAGAAAGCACUGGAGUUGAAACUCAGCACUCGAGAGGCCCAAGAACAGGCCUACCUAGUUCAUAUUGAGCACCUAAAGUCUGAAGUAGAAGAGCAAAAAGAACAGAAAAUGAGAUCCCUCAGCUCCACCAGUAGUGGCAGCAAAGACAAAUUGGGCAAGGAAUGCACAGAUGGGACCACAACACCAUUAACCCUAGCUGAGCUGAGACCAUACAACGACAGUGAACUGGCUGCAGAACUAACAAAUGCACUCAGACGAGAGAAGAAACUGAAAGGGAGAGUGCAAGAGUUAGUGAGUGCCUUAGAGAGACUCACGAAGAGCAGUGAAAUCAGACAUCAGCAGUCUGCAGAGUUUGUUAAUGACCUGAAAAGGGCAAACAGUAACCUUGUGGCAGCUUAUGAAAAAGCAAAGAAGAAGCAUCAAAACAAACUGAAGAAACUGGAGUCACAAAUGAUGGCCAUGGUUGAGAGGCAUGAGACUCAAGUGAGGAUGCUCAAACAAAGAAUAGCAUUGCUGGAGGAAGAGAACUCAAGACCUCACACCAAUGAAACUUCGCUUUAAAAUUAUAUAUAUGAUGACAAUUAGUGCCAUUAAAAACCAGUUUCUUUUUUUUUUUUUCUAUAACUGAUUUUAGGUAGUAAACACUAUUAAGGAUUUGAAACAUAACAGGCAUAGAUCAGCCUUGUGGCUUUGUCAAAUCAAACCAGGAGGAAUGGGGAGACUAUUUUAGCAAAGGAUUGUUUAUUGAUCACUGCUUGAAAUGGACAGUGUCUGAAGGUAAAGUUUCCAGUCAUUCACAGUACAUGUGAUUAUGUAUAUACACACACAUGCAGGAUUAUCACCCAUCCUCAAAUCCUAAUGGGUGGCAGUCCCUCCACUUUCAUUUUGAUCUUGAUGCAUUCCCUUGCUUUUAAUUUACUCCUCAGACAAUGCCAAAAUCGCACUUAUUCAGAUGCUUUUGUAUGUUUAGGCACAGAUUAAGCCAGUUUGAUAGAUCUCCCAGCCCCCAUGUUCUCUUUGUCCUGAAAUCUUGCAGUAUGAUUUGCUGUUACAUCUAUUGUAUGUAUAUGGUUGGUGAGGGGGAGGUGUGCAAGAUGACAGCCCGGUUUGUACCCUGCACCAAACUUGCAGUUCUCCCCACACAGCCCAGCAGAUGGAGGAGGAUCACUCCUGCUAAUUCAGAGAUGUUUUACCCAGACAGGAUUCCUGAUCACAGCAACUAGAAAGCUCUUGCUGCAAGUCUACAAUGCUGUUUUAUUUCUUAUGCCCUUACAGGCUGUAUGUAGCCACAUGCUUUCUAUUUACAGUGUGGGGGCCAAGAUUGGGUGGGAAGUUUUUGUCCUUCAUGUUACAGGGUAGUGCUGACAGUCAAUGUAGAAAAAGUUGGAUUUAUUUUUCUAAAAUACAUUACAUUAUAGACAAGGUUUUCCUCAAAGAAGCCUCUGUUAGGUGCAGAGUAUUAGAUCAGCAUAAUGUUCCAUUACACCUGUGUGUGACCAAGAGGCAGAAACCCUCUCUGCACUUGAGGGACUGUCUAAAAAGGUACUUAUUAUAAGGAAUGUACCUAUUCAAUAUUAAAAUAAAUGCACACGAAUGUGAGUAUACAUAGAUAGAUACACACAAAAUGAGUGAGCAAAUGGCUGGCUCUUAGUACAGUGUGAGUAGAAAUUAUAUGAACACAGCCUUCUGAUGGCUAUUGUAAAAUUACAUUUAUAGGCUAUUUGUUAGUAAGUUAGUGUUAUAAUGUGUGGACUUCUCUGUUCAAGCCAGUCCGUUUCUCAUGUCAUGCUAGCUAGCACAUGGUAAGACUGAAUGAGGCUAAGUGAAGCACAGAGAUCAGGUUGCCACCUCUAGGAAGCAGAAGGUGUAGUCUCAGACAUGGCACUCAUCCCAGCUCCUUUGGGCCUUGUUCACAGGACUUUUAAGUGCUCAGACAGUGAGAAAACAAAACAAACCACCCUCAUCAGUUUAAUCAACCUGGCAUCAGUUAACUUUAUUAUUAUUACUACAGUGCUAGUAUGUUUAGUAUUGAUCAAGAUUGAGGUGCUUUCCUUGGCAAAUAGAUUUUCAAAAGUCUGCUGUCAUUCCCACCUGUCACAGGAAUUUGUUGGUUUUUUUUUUUUUUGGUCUGUUUUGGGACUUGUCUAGAGUUUCCUAGACCUGUUUAAAGUGAUGUGAAUUUCUCUCUAAAAGCUUCUUUCGCUUUUAAAGUAUUUCCAAAGAGCUGUGGCCAUGGCUCUCUACCCUGAGUAAUCCUUGCCUAGACUAAGCCUUUGGCCUUCCUAGCUGGUAUCAUGCUUUGCUGCUCCCAGAUGUUAAGCAGGGACAAUAAGGGGAUUUGCUUUCAGGUUUUUAAGGAGCAGGUUAAAAACAGCUUUAGGUGAGAUUUAAACUUCAAUGGUUCUUAAUGCUGGUUUCCAAUGCUUUCAUUCCCUUCAGCAACUGCUGUUCUCUUUCCUUAAAAUCAGUGAAGGUUGAGUAGCAAAUCUGAAACAACAUAAGCUGCAACCAUGCCAAACCCAGCCUCUUGACUACACCAGCAUAAAUGAAAGAAACAGCAUUAUUUACAAAUGAAGGGCCACCUGGUAGAGCCCUGUUACCUGACUUGCAACCACAGGGAACUAACUUUGCUGGUGCUAAAGGAAUGUGUGCGCAACCCUACUUAGAAAUGAUAGUGUGAGAGAUGCACUAAGCCAGGUCCCACAGGUUCAAGGACUCUCAAGCCAUCAACUUUACCUCCUGGAGAUCAGCCCUACAUUAGGCAGCAGUGUUCAAGUCCUUAAGUCUGAUGGUGAGGGUUAAGUCUAGAUGGAAGUGGCUAGAUAAUAGGUCCAAAGCUGUAGUCCCCUUAUUCAGGCAAAGGGGUUCUGUUUAGUAGAGUAUUUACUGUUUUGAAUUAGGUAGAAGUUUUUAUAUGACCACACAGUCUAGGCUUGCCUUGUCGCUCUCCAAAAUUGUCCUGUGUAUAGACAAUUUUAUUAGGCAGGAAUAUUGAGCCAGAACUUUACUCAGAUUUCAAAGGGAUGAGGAAUGAUGUACAGGUUUCCCAACUCAUUUAAAUCACAAGGAUUACAUAUUAUUUUGUAAUGGUGCCAAUUUUAACCUGCCUUUUGAGUUUGUUUUUAGCAAUUUGUUUUAUUUCAAAUACAUUUUAAGAAUGCUAUAAAGAUGUAAAAUUUACAGCAAAUAAUCCAUAUCAAGGUGAUUAAAGAUAACCUACCCAACAUUUCUUCCAUGAUGAUGAGCAAGACAGUAUUUGCUUUGUCACAGCCUCUGCCAUGGAAUCUCCAACAGUUAAAAGGGAGAUGUGGGUACCUACAACGUACUGUUUCAUUUGUUAGUAUAUUAGAAAAGGGAGUGGGGAUAGGACCAAUAGGAAAUAGUGGUGAAAUAGCUUUACACCAAUCAAGAGUUUGUGUUCAAUGUUUUAGUGCUUCUUGUAAGAGGUUAAAAGUAGCAGUAGCCCUAGUUACAAAAAUGACCAUCUUAAAACAGUAAAUUCCAAAACCUAAUAUUUAAUUAUGCAACUGUUUGAAACACCAGCUUGAAGUAUUAUGUAGUCUUUAUCUGAACUGACAAGUGUGCAUUCUAUCUUCAGAAGUAACUUACAUCACCUGUAGACAUUGCCACCCAACUCCCACAAUUUAAAAAAAAACCUCAUUUGAGUUCAAUAGAUAAGUUAGGUUCUAUUUAUAAGAACCUAUUCAAUUCUCCUUCAGUCUCUUAACAGACAAGUGCAAGAGUAUUAAUUUGUAUCUUGUUCUUAUGACUUUUUAAAAAUUGAGUGUCAUACAGUGCAUGAAAUUUUAUAUUUCAUAUUGUUCUGAAAAAGUACUUUUCUAAUUAAAAAGGUAUAAAAAACCUUUACACCAGCUUGAAUGUAUUGUUAGUUAUUAGAAAGCACAUGUGACUAAGUUUGCAUUAACGUCAGUAUUCCACUGUUUAUACUGGAAGUUUUUCAUUUAAAAAUGUCACUUAACAUUGUACUAUAUGUUGUAAUUUUAGAGACUUUUCACCUAAUUGAUUUGCCUUAACCGUGUUCUGCUUUUUAGUUCCUUAGCUGCUGUAAAAUAGUUUUGUGUUUAUUUGAUAUAGAAUUGUAAAAACUGCAUUUAUUUAUACAGAGACAUUUAUAAUACUUUUUAUUUUACAAAUGUUCUUAUAUUCUGAAUAAAUAUUUCUAAUGCUAA